AUGCCUUCCAGAGUCUUUCGUUCUCCAUACCCCCAUAUCCAACCGAUUGAUGUCGAUUUGUUGACCUUCCUAUUUUCAAAUCCUAAAAAGACUCCUGACGACAAACCGCUCUACGUUGACGCCGUGACUGGGUUCUCUCGUACACGUGGAGAUGUCCUUCGGAGAACAAAGUCCCUAGCUCACGGUCUGCGCGAGUUAGGGGUGGAGCCGGGAGAUGUUGUUGCCUUCAUAAGCCCAAACACCAUCGAUUAUGCUAUCACUUGCUAUGCGGUGCUUGGCUGUGGUGCCACAGUGUCUCCAGUCAAUGCGGCUUAUACCCCUGGGGAACUGCAAGCACAACUCGAGACAAGCGGUGCGAGAUACCUCAUCGCACAUUCUUCUUUGCUCGAUACGGCCGAGAAGGCCGUCCAGUUCGACAGCUCCAUUGAACUCAUCCAGGCAGAUGGUAACCGCAACCGGUAUCAGAAACCGACCGCCGAGUUCCUUGCCGCAAACUGUCCGCCCAGUCCUCUUAUUAGCAUCGAACCCAACGAAGCCGAUACCCGACUCAGCUUCAUGUGCUUUUCAUCCGGCACCACAGGCAGAGCCAAGGGCGUAAUGACAACCCACCGGAACAUGGUGUCCAACAUCCAACAAUGGCUGAUCCAAUUACCUGAUGAGACAACAGGACGAUCAACGACAGUGACAUUCUUGCCCUUCAGUCACAUCUAUGGACUGACCUCAUAUGUCUGUAUUAGCAUGCUGGUUGGCAACAUCACUGUUGUUUUGCCUCGUUUUGAGCCUGAACUGUAUCUCAACACCAUCCAGACAUAUCGGCCCGAGUCCGUUAGCGUCGUGCCGCCCAUCAUGUUAUUGCUUGCCAAACAUCCACUUGUGGCGAAGUACGAUCUCAGCAGUCUCAAAAGAAUCGUGUCUGCGGCCGCUCCCUUGAGCCCGGAACUUCGCGAAGCUGUUGAAUCAAGGCUCCAAAAGCUCUAUGGGACGAAUGUUCUUGGCCUACAGGCUUGGGGCAUGACUGAAACCAGUCCUCUAGCAUCCGCUGUUCCUCCCACUCGGCGGGAUAAGAGACACACAGUCGGAAACGUGACCCCCAGCAUGGAGUUCAGAGUAGUAGAUCCAGAAACAAGGCAGGACGUCGACGUGGAGGCAGACGGCUCUACGAAACCUGGUGAGCUCUGGUGCCGCGGACCGAACGUUAUGAAAGGAUAUCAUCGCAAUGAGGAGGCAACGAAGAGCAGCCUUGUGCCAGAUGAGGAGGGCAAUAUAUGGCUUCGCACCGGGGACAUCGGCACCAUCGACAAAGACGGCUUCAUUACACUCGUUGAUCGCAUGAAAGAGAUGAUCAAGUACAAAGGGUUUCAGGUAAUUCCCUCCGAAUUGGAGGGCAAACUGUUAGAACACCCCGAGGUGGAAGAUGCUUGCGUGGUCGGCCACUGGGUCGAAGAGCAAGCCACUGAACUGCCAGUGGGUUUCAUCAUCGUCACGAAGGAAACAAGAGCUAAGGGUGAAAAAGCCGUGGUGGAAGGCAUCCAUGGCUGGCUGGACAGCAGGAUCGCCAACCACAAGAGACUUAGAGGAGGUCUCUAUAUCGUUGAUAGCAUCCCCAAAAGCCCCAGCGGAAAGAUCCUGAGGAGGGAACUGAAAGAGACCUUGAAGUCGCAUAGUCUUGGGGGCGGCUCGAAGUUGUAA